AUGCCUUUCCAAACAACGCUUGCACGAUGGUUAUCAACCGAGCUUCCCGAAGAUGGACAUAUUUGUCACCCAUGCUUCUUACUGCUGUCUUCAGAAGAUGCAAGUGCAAGAGUCCUGGGUCAUACAAUGGUGUGUCUUGGUUGUGGCCGAUCAGUGAGGGAUGCAAGACAUCACAUUGUUGAGUCUGAGAGUCCACUUCUUCUGGACUUUUCUUUUACAACAAGACUUCAGGGAAUAACAAGGAACUAUAUUUGUCAUCCCUGCUGGAUGAGAAGUAACAGACAAUUACAUCAUGACUCAUCUCGAGAAGAAACUGCUCAGUCUUCGGAUAACAUCCAGCAUGAAGAUGCAUUGAUACCAGUUCAACCAGAGCCUCCUAACUUACCUUUAUCACAUGUUUUGCCACCAACUCAUAGAGAUCUUCCAGACUACACAACUAUUAAAAAUAAAUUGAAAGAGCAUUUUCAAAACGAUAUCGAGUAUCAUUUAAUGAAAAGGGACAUGAUUCUUUUAUACAAAAAUGGUACUGCAUGUAAGAAACUCUGCAAAGACAGGUACGAAAAAACAUUAAAAAGUAAAGAAGACGAACGAACUAGAAUUGUUGAAAUGGCUGCUGAAAUUGUUUUAGAAGAUAUACGUUCUAAAGUAUAUGAUAUGAAUUACUACGAAACUCUCGAUAUAAACGAAGGCAAUCUUUUUAAGGAUGUUCCUGAAACUUUGCAAGUUUUUUUUAAUGUUGUGUGUAAGAGUAAUAAAGAAAAAAGUAAAAAUAACGUUCGUAGGAUGGAUAAAAAAGUGGCCAAAAUGUCUCAUUGCAUCAUCACAUCUGUAAGGCCACGUUCUUUAUUAUCUCCAAUUUUACUUGGUUUGUCGUCUAUGAUUUACAAAAAAUAUGCCUCGAAAGGAUUGAUCGACUCAUUAUCCAAUUUAGAUUCAUAUGUUCAAUUCGUUUAUGACAAUGCCGAUCAUAAUACAUGCACGAUUGAUGGCAAAAAUAUUUUUCACGCAAUGGGUGGAAUAAUGGUUGUUACUCCGGCGUCUAGUGUUACUUCAAAGAAAAGCAUCUCUAGAUUAAAACAGAUUCCAUCUUCUGAAGAAAUAGGUGAUUUUGGAUUCGUGAAAUUGAAACAUUUUGAAAACAAAAACUCUGAUGGAUUAAGAACAGUUCAGAUAGAAGAUGUUUUAGAUGUUACGGACAACUAUGAAAUUUCUUCGGCAGAUUUUACAUGGAGUUAUUCAAAAUUUGCAAACAACAAAUCCGAUGGUUGA